AUGUCUUUCCUGGGUGGAGCAGAAUGUUCCACCGCCGGUAAUCCCCUCACGCAAUUCACAAAACAUGUCCAACAUGACAAUACCCUGCAGAGAGACCGCCUAGUUGGGAGAGGCCCUGAAGGUCUCGAGGAAAGCAUGAGGUCUCGUAUGGGAUCUCCAGGUUCAGAUCAGAUGAUGAAUGACUUUAUGCAACAACCCAGUCAAUUACCACAGCCUUUUGCCAUGGACCAAUUAAGGCAAGACCUACCCAACCUUCAGGGUGUCACACGAAGAUCACCGUCUCCAGGAUGGGCCACCGAUUUCGAUCCUGGUGAACAAGCAAGAAUGGAGGCGGCCUUUGCCAAUUCCCAGAUGGGCCAACACAACCCAAAUGGGUUUUCACCUCAAGAGUUCGCCCGCUUCCAGCAGGCUUCGGCCGCACAACGAACUGCGAGUCCCAUUACACAGACACCCACUAUGAUGAAUGGAUACCAAAGACCGAUGGGUAUGGGCUACAUGGGUGGUGGGAUGAAUAUGGGAAUGAACUUUGGAUCCUUCAACCACAUGCAGCAGCAGCCCGAUCAGACUACAGAUAAAGGAAAGGGUCGCAUGGUCGAACUGGAUGAUGCCAACUGGGAGGCACAGUUCAAAGAACUGGAAAUGCAACAAGACAAUCUUUCAGAAGAAGCCAAUAAGGCAAUGGAGAAGGAGCUCGAGGACAUCGACAGACAAAUGACCGAGGAAAUUAGCGACUACGACAACACCUUUUCUAAUGAGGAUUUCGCUGCGUGGGAUAAAUUCGACUCUGAUAUGGGCUUGAAUACCCACAAUCCAUUCGAAAGGGAACCGAUGCUCGGAGAUUAUAUGUUUGAAUCCCAGAACCCAUAUCUAGAGAACAGUACAGCCUCAAGAUCCGCGUUCGAGCAAGGGAAGGAGAUCCUCGAGAACCACGGCAAUCUUUCCCUAGCUGCGUUGGCCUUUGAAGCCGCAGUUCAACAAGAUCCGAACCAUAUCGAAGCCUGGGUUUUACUCGGCGCAGCUCAAGCACAGAACGAGAAAGAAUCGCCAGCGAUACGAGCAUUGGAAAAGGCGCUCCAGUUAGACCCAAACAACCUAGAUGCUUUGAUGGGUCUAGCGGUAUCCUACACCAAUGAAGGUUAUGACAGUACCGCCUACAGAACGCUUGAACGAUGGAUCAGUGUCAAGUAUCCCACCAUUCAUCCUCCACAGAAUGUCUCAGAUGCUUCUGAUAUAGGUUUCACGGACCGAACAAUUUUGCAUGAGCGCGUGGCCGACCUUUUCAUCAAGGCGGCGCAAUUAUCACCUUCCGGAGAACAGAUGGAUCCCGACGUACAGGUAGGCCUAGGGGUCCUGUUCUAUGGGAACGAAGAAUUUGAGAAAGCCGUGGACUGCUUCAAGGCAGCCCUAGCUUCUAGCGAGCAAGGGCUCGUCAAUCGCGAGAGCCAGUUGCACCUCUUGUGGAACAGACUGGGGGCGACAUUGGCCAAUUCGGGUCGAUCAGAGGAUGCCAUUGAUGCAUAUUGCAAGGCGCUCGAAGUAAAUCCGAACUUUGUGCGAGCACGAUACAACCUAGGGGUAUCAUGCAUCAACAUUGGUUGCUAUCCCGAAGCCGCCGGGCAUCUACUAGGAGCUCUGAAUUUACAUCGGGUUGUCGGUGAGCAAGGCAUGGACAAAGCUCGCGAGAUUGUCAGUGAUGGAUCAACCAAUGGAGCCGGGAUUGGAGACGCUGAGCUGGAGAGAAUGAUUCAACAAAACGAGAGCUCGAAUUUGUACGAUACGUUGAGACGCGCAUUCACUGGCAUGGGACGACGAGACUUGACAGAGCGCGUCGGCACUGGAAUGAACCUGGAACAGUUUCGAGGGGAGUUUGAAUUCUAA